CUGAAGCCCUAGCUCAAUAAUAUUUUAUCUUUUAUUUGACUGUAAAAUGAGUUACGCCUCUGAUCACCUUGCAUGGCAACAAAGAGUCAAUAGAGAAGUUAAUAAGGCAAAAGAUUUUGAAAGCAAUUUCUUCCCUUUGGAGUACAAUGAAAACUCUCCAAUGAAGGGCCUUGCUGAGAAAUUCUCAGCUCCAUACUGAUUCUCGGAUCCAAAUGGAAUUGCUAAAUAUGACUUGAAAGAGACUAUGCAGAGGAUGGACUGUACUACAAAAGACAAAGGGAGGAAAUUAAAGAGCUAUAGAAAUUCUUUAACAAACCUGAAUAAUCAUGAAGGUCCUUUAAACACUUUCCAAUCUACAUAUAAAACCACGAGUAGUCCUUUUGUAUCAAAUUUGUCGAAGUCAGCAAGGAAAAUCACUAAUUCAUUGAAGAGAACAGAAAUAGAGAAGAUGAUGGCUUCAGCUUCCAGUGGGGAUGUAUUUAACACAGAUAGAUAUCCUAGAGCUAAACCAUUUUUCUAUCAAGCGUAUAUAGCAAAGAGUAAGACAGAUACACUUUCUCAAGCUUCUUCAAAAUUAGGAAGAACAAGGUCUAUUGGAAACCUUAUGAAAUCUUACCGUCCUGAAAAGAACAGUGAUCCUAAGCAUGGAACUGUAUUACCAAGAAUCAAGAAAGAGAGAUUUAAUGAGGAUACAGCAAGUGAAUACUCUUUACAGAGUAAAAUGUCUAAAGUAGCAAAAUUAAAAUUAAAAUCCAAGAAGUUCUCUGCUUUAGGCACAGAAAAGUUCGUGCCUCAACAUUUGACUUAUGCCAAGCAGGCUAAGGUUGAUGGAUCCCACCUCUCUCAAGUUUCAGACAGAGCAAGCGAAAUUAAGAACACCUUAAUAGGCACGAUUGAGAGGAUGAAUGAUAGAGAAGUUGAAGUCAUGAAAUCUGCAAUUGAUAGUGUGAAUACCCCACAUAAACCUAGACAAGUGAAUAACGAAACAAAGAGUACAGGAAUCCAAGAAAAAGUUAAUGAAACUUCCUUAGAAAAGGUACCAGAGGAGGAUAAGGAUGAAGCAGAAAAUUCAAUGAUGGAGAAAGAAGAAGAGGAAGAGCUUGCUGAUAAUGUAGAAGAUCUUCCUGAAAAAUUAAGUCCAGAUAAGGCAGCUGGUCAUUCUACCAAAAGUAAAAGCUCAAGAAGAUCUGUAAGAUCUUCUAAAUCGACCCAGAUUAUUAAUGAGUUAGAAUCCCAGAUUGAGGAUGAAAGGAAAGAAAGAGAGAAGUUACAGAAAGAAAUUGAAGAAAUGAAGAAAAUUAGUACCCAGCUUAUGGAACAGAUAAAGGAAAAGAAAGCUUAA